CGUUAGGAGGCAGCGUUUGCCAUGACGGCCCAGGGAGGCCUGGUGACCAACCGAGGCAGGCGCUUCAAGUGGGCCAUUGAGCUGAGCAGGCCUGGAGGAGGCAGCAGGGGCCAGAGUGACCAGGGAAGUGGCCAGGGAGACUUACUAUACCCAGUCGGUUACUUGGACAAGCAAGUGCCGGAUAACAGUGUGCAAGAGACAGAUCGGAUCCUGGUGGAGAAGCACUGCUGGGACAUUGCCUUGGGUCCUCUCAAACAGAUUCCCAUGAACCUCUUCAUCAUGUACAUGGCGGGCAAUACGAUCUCCAUCUUCCCUACUAUGACGGUGUGUAUGAUGGCCUGGCGACCCAUUCAGGCACUUAUGGCCAUUUCAGCAACUUUCAAGAUGCUAGAAAGCUCAAGCCAGAAGUUUCUUCAGGGUUUGGUCUAUCUCAUUGGAAACCUGAUGGGUUUGGCAUUGACUGUUUACAAGUGUCAAUCCAUGGGACUGUUACCAACACAUGCAUCAGAUUGGUUAGCCUUUAUUGAGCCCCCUGAGAGAAUGGAGUUCAGUGGUAGAGGACUGCUUUUGUAA